ACUUAGAAAUUACGGAGUACCAAAAUAGGAAUUACAUAUUUUUUUCAAAAGUUGGAGCUACAAUAGCAAUAAUGUCAAUAUAUAAAGCCACAAACAUUUUGAAAUGCCAAUAUACAGUACGGGUCAUAUUGUCACAGUACAAACAUUUAUUUUCGAAAUAAAAACAUGUGACUCCUAUUUCAAAAAGGAAUGAUGUUCCCGGUUUGACUUUUCCUCAUUUUAAGAGUGGUUGACUAUGGGGAGAAAUGGUCCAAAAUGCCCUUCACUAUGAACACCCCAAUUUCCGCUAGCCACCGUCGUCUGCAUCUCUGACCACCCUACCUUCUUUACCAAUUCCCUGUCGCCACCACAACCUUCGGUCCGUCGCUCGCCGCCAUCUCCCACCACAACGGCCAACCCCACCUCCUCCACCGACACCUACAGUGCCGUCAGCUUCCACCACAACCUCCUGUCCCUCCAUCGCCGCCAUCGCCCUCCAUCGCAGAUUUGGAAGAAAGAAAAGAUUUGGCAUAUUUUUCUCUCUCUCUCUACAUUCAUUUUUUUUGAUAUUCUGUCUCCUUUGCCGUUGUAGUCACGCUUCGUCGCUCAGAUCUGACUUCAUCCAUCCCAGGCUCCCUUCCGGCGCCGGUUUCGUCACCGGAGAUUGCGACUAUGGCUCCAACUAUUGAAACACCUGAGAAAGAACUCAACCAUAACCAGAUCUCUCGUCCGCCUCUUAAUGAAAGGAUACUGUCAUCCAUGACACGUAAAUCAGUUGCUGCCCAUCCUUGGCAUGAUCUCGAGAUAGGACCUGGAGCUCCGAAGAUUUUCAAUGCGGUAAUUGAGAUCAGCAAGGGCAGUAAGGUGAAGUAUGAACUCGAUAAGAAGACUGGACUUAUCAAGGUUGACCGAGUGCUUUACUCAUCUGUUGUCUACCCUCAUAACUAUGGUUUCAUCCCACGCACUAUUUGUGAGGACAGUGACCCUAUGGAUGUUUUAGUUAUCAUGCAGGAGCCUAUCCUUCCAGGGUGCUUUCUACGUGCAAAAGCAAUUGGUCUUAUGCCUAUGAUUGAUCAGGGAGAAAAAGAUGACAAGAUAAUUGCAGUCUGUGCUGAUGACCCAGAGUACCGACACUACACAGAUAUCAAGGAGCUCCCACCACACCGUUUGGCUGAGAUCCGUCGCUUCUUUGAGGACUAUAAAAAGAACGAGAACAAGGAAGUUGCUGUUAAUGACUUUCUACCUGCUUCUGAUGCUUAUGAAGCCAUCAAUCAUUCCAUGAACCUGUAUGCGGAGUAUGUCGUGGAAAACUUGAGGAGAUAAUCGGUUGGUUUUUAUUGGAAAUCCGAGAUCGGCGGAUGGAUAUUCACUCCAUACAGAUAAAAAUCCUCUUAUACUAUAAGUUCCUCGUGUUUUACUAUGUGCAUAUAACUCGGCCAGCAUAUGAUGACGACAAAGGCACAGCGAGACUGAAGUGCCAGACUGGUUCAGCACUUCACAAGCUCUAAUUCUCUGUGCCAAACUUAUAUGACUCCCGUUUGGUACUUUCGUUUAUUUUUAUUUUUGUAUCCUUUUGGCUUUUGUGCAAUGCAAACUCGUAACAAUGCUUUGAACACUCGUUGGUAUUUGUUUUUGUUCAAUCACGUGUUUAGCAAGCAGUUUCUCGUAUCGUGCUCCAACUUGAACUGUUUUUUAAAUGAACUAAAGUUUGUGGU